ACAUGGCGCCGAAAUCGAGAAAAAAGAAGGCAAACGCGCGUGUACUAACAUGCUACUGCGAGGGCCACUGUCCAGGAAAUGUACAGAAUGGAACGUGUGAGACGCGACCCGGCGGUUCCUGCUUCGUAUCGGUUGAGGCAGUACUGGACGAGGAAACGAAACAGCUAGUACCAGAAUGGAGCCACGGAUGUAUGUCACCGGAGCAGGGUGGCGGAUUGUUACAGUGCAAAGUUGGUCAAGUUUCCCCGCAACUUCAUGGCAAAAGUAUCGUCUGCUGCGAUAACGAGGAUCUAUGCAAUCAAGACCUGAAACCGAACUACAGUCCACGCACGACCACAACCCCGGAACCUCCGCUAGUGAACACGAACACCAUGCCACUCUUCGCACUCGUCAUAUCCGUUGCCUUCUGCCUUGGUUUACUGGUGUUAGUGCUUGGUGCUAUCUACUGUAUGUACCGAAGGCGUGAAAAGCGAAAACCGGCCUAUCUGAUGAACUCCCUGUACAACACUACCAACGGACACAUGCCGAUAGCGGACCUGGUAGAGCAAACGAGUGGAAGUGGAUCCGGACUACCCCUGCUCGUCCAACGCACCAUCGCCAAACAGAUUCAAAUGGUCCAUUCGGUCGGCAAAGGCCGGUACGGUGAGGUGUGGCUAGCGAAGUGGCGCGACGAGAAGGUAGCAGUAAAGAUUUUCUUCACCACCGAAGAGUCUUCCUGGUUCCGGGAGACCGAAAUCUACCAGACCGUACUAAUGCGUAACGAGAACAUACUCGGCUUCAUUGCGGCCGACAUUAAAGGGACGGGCUCGUGGACGCAGAUGCUACUAAUUACGGACUAUCACGAGCUCGGGUCGUUGCACGAUUACCUCCAGAAGCGUGUGCUCAAUCCGCACAUGCUGAAAACGCUUGCCCUGUCGCUUGCAUCCGGUGUGGCGCAUCUGCACACGGAAAUCUUCGGCACACCGGGCAAACCAUCGAUCGCACACCGUGACAUCAAGAGCAAGAACAUACUGGUGAAGCGCAACGGCCAGUGUGCCAUCGCGGACUUUGGGCUGGCGGUAAAGUAUACGAGCGAACUGGACGAGAUACAGAUUGCACCGAACUCACGUGUCGGUACGCGCCGCUACAUGGCACCGGAGGUACUAAGCGAAACGCUCGAUCUGAAGGUGUUCGAAGGCUUCAAGAUGGCGGACAUGUACUCGGUCGGGCUGGUGUUUUGGGAGAUGGCUCGGCGCUGCAUUACGACGGUAAGGGGCGCUAAAAAUACGACCACCUGUGAAGAUUAUGCGCUGCCGUACCAGGACGUGGUACCGUCCGAUCCGAGCUUCGAGGAUAUGUAUGCGGUGGUGUGCGUGAAGGGUGUCCGGCCACCGAUUCCGCAACGGUGGCAGGACGAGGACAUUCUCGUAGUAUUAUCGAAGAUUAUGCAGGAAUGUUGGCAUCCGAGCCCGGCCGUACGGUUAACGGCGCUGCGGGUCAAGAAAACGCUCGUCAAGCUCGAGACGGACUGUACGAUUAAGAUAGUGUAA